AGGAUGGAUACUCAAGUGAAGCUUGCAGUCGUGGUGAAGGUUAUGGGACGAACUGGGUCAAGAGGUCAAGUGACCCAGGUUAGGGUCAAAUUUCUGGAUGACCAGAACCGCCUAAUCAUGCGUAAUGUGAAGGGCCCUGUUAGGGAAGGCGAUGUCCUUACCCUUCUUGAGUCUGAAAGAGAAGCUAGGAGGCUGCGCUGAUGAUGUUAUUGGUCUGAACUUGCCUUUGUGCAUGACGCUUCAUAGAAUUUUGCAUAUGGAUUGCAUUUAGCAUGUUUUAUUGUUCUGUAGUUCUUCACAUUAGGUUUGCCAUGAGGAGUCUAUAAGUCAUGUGUUAGACAAGGAUAUCUAAGACUUAAGUGUGAAGAAAUGCUGUCUGUUUCAUUUUAGUUUACUGUCUUUUUCUAAGUCCAUCACUUGCCAAUGACUUUCUUGUUGCUGAUCUAUGUGCUAUAUAUACUAUUUUCUUACAAGGUUAACACAUAUAUUGCA